AUGGGUUUUUCCGACACAACGGACUGGAUUGGUCAACUUAUCCUGCAAGCUAUUCUCGGUGAAAAGCCGCACGACUACCUGCAGCUACCGAAGCAAUCCAAGAAUGGUUUCCUUCGAAGCUACUCCAAUUUAAAGGAAAAACUUGAGCAAGGAAAAACAAAUAAGCCCCCAUCCCAUCCGAUGAAAGCAUACUGUGGUUGCUACGACAACUCUAUCGGCAACUUCGUGCAUGAAAUCGCUGUGUCAGUUUCAGGAGCAGGCCUUACUAUGAUGGCUCAGGAACAAGACAGUGUCAUCUAUGACCUUUUACAUUACAACAAGAACAAAUUCUACUGGUCAUGUGACCAAGAAGAGGAAAUGUGCAACUAG